GAGUGAAUUAUGUGAGGAAAAUAAUUUCGAACCUUUUUAAAUAGAAAAAGAUGGGAUAAUUCCUCUGAAUCUAUUGGUACCCACAAGAUUGCAUGAAAUUGGAUAAGGUUGUAAAAGAUUCCAUGGAUUGUAGAUAGGUAUCUCAAAAAAUGGCAAAUAAAAAAUCCAAGACAAUGACAGCAGUACAGAAUUUUUAUGCCCACCAAAGUAUCUUCAUUACAGGCGGUACAGGCUUUUUUGGAACCAUUUUGAUAGAAAAGCUUCUCAGAUGCUGCUCUGAGCUAUCUGCUAUUUAUAUGAUAAUAAGACCAAAAAGAGGACAAGACAUUCAAAGUCGACUUGAAACGAUUUUUUCAGAACCGAUAUUUGAUCGAUUAAGAAUUGAAUUUCCGAAUUUUCGAAAAAAAAUCAUUGCAAUGCAAGGUGAUUGCACUUUACCAGGUCUUGGAAUUUCCACCACGGACAAGGAGAUUAUAGUAAAAAACGUUUCAAUCGUUUUUCAUGUUGCUGCGAAAGUCAAAAUGAUAGAAAAACUAAAAACUGCGGUAGCUAAUAACGUUUAUGGAACGAAAGAAAUGAUUGAUAUUUGUAAAUGCAUUCAUAAUUUAAAGGCAUUUAUAAGCGUUUCAACCCUUUAUAGCAAUUGUGCAAGAAAAGAGAUUGAUGAAAUUUUCUAUGAGCCUAUAAUAACAGGAGCUAACAUUUUGAAGUUAGCAGAAACUCUCGAUGAAAAGAGUUUUAACGACAUGGAUAUUGUUUCAAAGAGCAAGUCUCCCAAUACAUACGUAUUCACGAAAGCAAUCGCAGAACAGUUAUUACAAGAGUAUGCCAAGGACCUUCCGCUUGGACUAUUCAGACCUGCAAUAGUUAUGUCAACUUAUCAUGAACCUAUCCCAGGAUGGAUUCCCAAUUCUCAAGGAGCUUCGCAAACACUUGUAGAUAUGAGUUCUGGUUUAUUGAAAACAAUGCAUACUGAUGGAUCUCUGGUUGCUGAAUUAGUUCCUGCUGAUUUGACAAUCAACGCUAUUAUUGUAUCUGCAUGGGACGUUGCUCUGAAUAAUGAUACAAAAAAUGAACCAUUUAUUUACAAUUACUGUUCAACUUGGAACACUUCGAUUACUUGGCAAAAAUGGCUAGACAUGGGUCUGAAAUAUGAAAUCCCCACUGUUAAAUGCAUCUGGUCCAGCUCAUUAAUUUUUAUAAAAAAUUAUUACUUGUAUUAUAUUGCCAGCAUGUUGUUACAAGCUUUACCAGCGAUAUUAAUCGAUGGGGCACUUCUGCUUUUAAGAAAAAAGACUUGGGCAAUUAAAACUUGUAAAGAAUUCGAUAAAUACGCAAGAGCUGUAUGUUAUUUUUCUUUGAAUGAAUGGAAAAUUAAGAACAAUAGAACAAAAGCUCUCUGGCAAAAGACAUCACUUGAUGAUCAGAAAUUAUUCCCCUUUUCAAUGGAUAAUUUUGAUUGGGAUGACUUUAUGAAAAACUGUAUGAUGGGGAUAAGAAUUCAUAUAUUUAAAGAUCCUUUGGAUACAAUACCUGCUGCCAGAAAACGAAGAAUGAGAUUUUUAGUGUAUCACAAUAUCUUGAAAUACACUAUAAUCUUCUUUGGACUGUGGACUGUUUGUACAAUUACGAAAAUCUUGUUACGAUUCACGUAGAACUUACGACUCAUAAAUAAAAAAAAUAUUUCUCUAUUCACCAGUUAUCUCUAGAAGGAUCUUAAAGUUUUUGUGAACCAUAUUAUAUAUUAUUCUUUCAUAUUGCAGAUAUAGAUUUUAUUUGAAUUUCCGACUAAAUUCCUAAAAUUGAAUUUAAGGCAUGUGA